ACAUACAUGAUACCCUACCUUCCAAGCCGGCUUUAUCCAAUCCAUUCAGUGUAGAUUAAUAUAUCAAAAUCAUUGUAUAAUUUCUUAUGUAUGCUUAAUCAUAUGAUAUUUAAUACCACUUUCGUUUUCUUUCCCACCUCUUAAUUCUUAUAAUAUUAAUAGGAUUAUUAGGUCUUUGCGAGUGGCGGAGAUGCUAAUUGAAUACCAAUUGGCAUGUACGUGACUGACACUCUAAGUGGCUUAGGCCUACUCCAGAUAAGAUUAUUUCAAUUAAUUGUACUUCCACAUUUUAUUAUCUUUUUUGGUUGCAGCUGUUUAAUACAGCUGCAGCUUAAUUUUCUGUGACAUUUCCUUGGUUGCAUCUAUAUAUCUGUUUUCCUUAUAAUCAUCACGUAGAUAUUCUUUGCAAACAACUAAAGCCUGGUGGAACAUAUUUUUCAUAUAUUUGUUUUUCCUUUCAAAAUAUGGCUUCUUUUGAGGUAAGGCCAUUGGUGGAACAUGAGGAAGGAUAUUCCGAGGAUCACCAAGAGCCUGGCAGCAUGUGCGGUUCUGGAUGCUUCCAGGUUUUCGAGUUGGGAUGGUGGCAAAGCCACGGCGAAGGUAAAGGCUUGGCAGAGCAAAAGGAAGAGUCCUGGUUGAGAUCCAGGUUGAGGAAGAUGAAGGAGUUGUCAGAAGUGAUUGCAGGUCCCAAGUGGAAGACAUUCAUUCGAAAGGUAGGUGGUUACGGCAAGAAGCAGCAGAGGAACAGGUUUCAGUAUGAUGAACACAGUUAUGAGCUGAACUUCAACAGUGGAGUUCCGAGUGAAGACGAAGAUAUGCCUCCCAGUUUCUCAGCAAGGUAUAGCGCUCCUUUUGCAGUUGUACGUGGCCAAACCGAACAAUGAUUGGAGCAGACCCGAAGUUUUAUUAGAUUUUAUCGGUUGAACUUGUUCAUUUGUUAGUCUUUUCAGCGGUAGAGUUAUUCUUAAUUAGUUUAUUAUGUAAAGACCAUUCUUUUGCUCAA